AACGGGCACACAAAGGAGGGAGGGCGGCCGUCGUGCCUUUGUUACACACCGACGGUGGGCGGCGCAAGGCGUCCAGGAAGUGAAAAAGGAGGCGCCAUGACACGCUCCAGACGCUCACGGGCAGGUGCGUGCGGUGUCGUACGUAGAACGAUCAAGAGCAAGCGUGAUCUUCGCGCCCCUGGGUGGACAUGGCCUCGUUGAGAAUUCGGUCGGCAAAAGUCCGACCUGGAAACACAUGCGGACUCACGACAAGACAACCAUCAUUACAUUCGACUUGCUUCUUGAGCCCCAACCGAACGAUAUCCCCAUGGCUGUACAAGUUUCAAUCUGCCGACGACGAUGCGACGAACGCACUCUCGGCAAAUGGGUUCCAUGCAUGCUGCGCAGACGUGUGGAGCUUGAGAAAUCCCAAUGUCUUGGCGAGCUUGCGUCGUUCCCACGAGUUUAGUCCUUCCACACAUAGCUCGCCGUACCGCAAGAAGUCCAUGACAUGGGCAAAUGCCUUCGGGUCCAGAUCCAAGAAGUACGCACCUACAACGGGGCAUCAGCCGCUGGCUCGGCCCGAUCGCGCCAAUUACCGUCUGGUCGAGUAGGUGAAGUGAGCAGCAUGUCGUGGAAGAACGAAAGCUCAUGCUGCAGGAGCGUCGCCUUGGACGUCUCGAAGUACGUUCCGCCGACGUUCAGCUUGAUUGUCGAUGCCGUGGCGGCCGCGUGCAUGAGUGUGGGGUAGACUUGGGAUGACGAAGCAGCAGCAAGCGUUGGAACUUGAGGGGCAGAUGGCAUCACGGACAUACUUCCCAGCGCUGAAUGCGAUGUGUUCUUGAUCGAGAAGACAAGGCUUGUGUUGUUGUGUGGACGCUUCUUCGAUCGAACUGAGUUGAACCAGUCGGGUCGAUCGCGUUCGCUUAGUGAGUGCAUUUGGGACAAGAAUGGCGCACACCGCCGCAAGUGCCGCUCAACACAGGCCGUCUUAUUGUGAUGGACAACUUCGGUUUGACAAUGCUUGCACGGAGCUCGAGAGCCUUCAGUUGCCAAGUGGGCAUUUGCCUUCUCAGUAAAGACGGCCCAGAUCGUGUGCAAGGGGCGUCCUUUCCUCGGUGCAUUCUGCGAUGCCGACGGGAGAUCGUUCGUUGACGACACGGUUUGAUUGACGGCGGUGGUCGACGUGCACGAAUAUGGCAUCUCCGAUGGCCGUCGUUUCUUCGCCACAAAGAAUGAAGUAUUUGGAGGGUAAGUUGGCGUGGGGGUGGUAUGAGGCGAUUGCGUUGUCGUCGUUCCUUGGGAUUCUGUGGCGGAUGUGUCGUGGGUGUUUGAAGGACUGCCCGUGCCGCUGCUGCCGUCGUCGUCCAUGGUGGCGCUCGUUUGAUC